GUCAAGCCACAAAGGCGACAAGGUACGCGGUAUCUUCGAUCCGCAGAAACUUUGCCGUGUGAGAAAAUGGUUCAUAGGGUCGACUGACACUGAUGGAGCGGCAAGACAACGAAACCGGGAAUGCUCCGAUGCUUGCACAACUACGAAUCACGGAGUUGGACAAACUCGUUGCUCGUGUGAAGCAGAAGCAAGCGUUGUGCAACGACCUGGUCGCUCACUACAACAAAGAGCUACAGCACAUUGAGAAAGAGACCAAGAAAAUUCAUGAGCGGUACGAUCCGCUGUGCAAGCGCCUCGAACAGCGACUGGCCGAACAGGAGACGCAAAAGCGGCAGUACGACGAGAUCUCCAAGUCGUUCGGAGAGAUACUAAAUACAACCAAGACAAGAUUGAAGAACAGUCAGACGGACGGCAUUCGCAAUCUCCGACGUGAGGCGAACGCCGAGCUUACCGACAGUCGCGGGUUUGCGUCGGACGUCCACAGCACCUUCAAGCAGAAGUACCGCAAAUGACAUAAACAUUUUAAUUUCCGUCAUAUAAAUUCUGAGA